UAAUUCAUAGUUAGGUCACCCUUGGCUAUAUUUUCAGCUCAUUAUUGGUCGGUGUUUGAAUAAUUGGUAUUUGAACAUGUAUUUGAAUGGGUGGUAUAGGUUACGUCUAUGUCUUCUUUAUAAUGCAUUUAUUUUGGCUCAUGUGACUGUCUUCUUUCCUGAAGUUUGUUGUUAGAUUGUAAAGAUUGUAAUGAGAGGUGCCGGUGUCAUAGUGCUAUUACGCAGUCUUGGGAGAGCAAAAUUUUAGUCGCUUUGUUAUGCUAAUUGUGCCUGACAUCAGCGAGAGAUCAAAGAGGCGUACAGGCUCAUAUAAACUCCGGCUGUAUCUACACCGUCAGUUCGACACAUUCCACGGCACGGUUAGGGUGCGCGGAGAGACCUGCAGGACAUAACGCUUGGAUAGUUAAACGAUGCCCUUUCUCUCGGAUUGCUUACACGAAUUCAGUGGAUUUACAAAUGUUUAUUAAUGGAUGAUCUUCGAUUAUAAAGGAUAUCAUUUUGGAUUACGCUGGACCGCAAACUGACGGCGUGAUACAAACAGAAGGGAGACCGACAGAGAGUUUUGGUGCCAUGACCUCCGGCUUUUGAUCACCUCUCUUCGUGCCAAGAAGCCGUGGAGCCCUAACACACCUGCGUUUCUGAGCUGUCCUGUUGGGUCUACACCGUUGCAAUGAAGAAAGCUUUUCUUACCCUCCCUCUCAUCCUUCUGUUAUCUCAGCUCUGCUGUGGAAUCAAAUGGCUGGCCUUGACCCAGGCACCCUCCAGCAUGCACAUCAACAAGACCCAGCACUGCAAGCUGCUCCCUGGGCUAGUGUCCUCCCAGGCCCAGCUGUGCCGCAGCAACCUGGAGCUCAUGCAGACCAUCAUCCAGGCCGCCCGGGAGGUCAAGAAGGUCUGCCAGAAGACCUUCCUCGACAUGCGGUGGAACUGCUCCACCAUCGAUUCGCCCAAGUACCUUCCGGACCUGGAGCGAGGGACACGGGAGGCUGCGUUCGUGUACGCGCUGUCAGCGGCGGCCAUUAGCCACACCAUAGCGCGGGCGUGCACUUCCGGCGACCUGAAGCUCUGCUCGUGCGGUCCGAUCCCGGGGGAGAUCCCUGAGCCGGGGUACCGCUGGGGCGGCUGCGCCGACAACCUGCACUACGGGCUGAUGGUGGGCUCCAAGUUCUCCGACUCGCCCAUGAAGAUGAAGAAGAAGUCCGGCUCGCACGCCAACAAGCUCAUGCACCUGCACAACAGCGAAGUGGGGCGACAGGCUCUGAGAGACGCCCUGGUGAUGAAGUGCAAGUGCCACGGGGUAUCGGGCUCCUGCUCCAUCCGCACCUGCUGGAGGGGGCUCCAGGACCUGAAGGAGGUGGCCAUGGACCUGAAGAUCAAGUACCUGUCGGCCACCAAAGUGGUCCACCGGCCCAUGGGCACCCGCAAGCAGCUGGUUCCCAAGGACAUCGACGUGCGGCCCGUCAGGGAGAACGAGCUGGUCUACCUGCAGAGCUCACCGGACUUCUGCAGCAAGAACGACAAGCUGGGCUCUUUUGGGACAACAGACCGGCAGUGCAAUAAGACGUCCGCUGGCAGUGACAGCUGUGACCUGAUGUGCUGUGGCCGCGGGUACAACCCCUACUCGGAGCAGCUGGUGGAGCGCUGCCACUGUAAGUACCACUGGUGCUGCUACGUCACCUGCAAGAAGUGCGAGAGGACUGUGGAACGAUACGUCUGCAAGUGAUGCCCCUCUCCUCCGGCCCUGCUCUCCUCCUCCACCCUCGUCUGUCCACUUUACC